GCUAUCAAACCAUUAUAUGAAGUGCUGCGGGCCGUGGAUAGCGAGAGGUAUCCCCAGAUGGGCUUUUUGUAUCACAUGAUGGAGAAUGCAAAGGCUCAGAUCAUGGAGGCAGAUGUAGCCCAUGCCCAGGAGUACAUCGACAUCAUUGAGCGGCGGUGGGGAGCCCAAAUGGGUAGGGAAUUGCAUCUAGUAGGUAAGCGAUAAUAUUGAUAAUUAUAUUGAUUGAUAUAUUUGUAUAGUUAUACUAAGAUGGUGUCAUCUAUGUACAGCAUACUAUCUGAAUCCCCGGUUUCAGUACGAGAGUGGAAUUGGUAUGGAUGAUGAACUUCUUCAUGCUCUGCGUAAUGUUAUUUAUAAGAUGGAGCCUGAUCCAGAAGUCGCCGCGUUAUGUAUAGAAGAGACCAAAUUAUUUAGAGAGGGUAGCCACAGCUUUGGACAGCGACCAGCUGUCGUGAGCAAGACAACUAUGAAUCCAGCUGAAUGGUGGAUUCAUUUUGGCGGAUCCGCAAAAAAUCUUAAGCGGAUAGCUAUCCGGAUUCUCUCCCAAACGGUCUCCUCGACUGGCUGUGAGCGCAACUGGUCCACCUUCGGCCUCAUCCACAGCAAACAAAGGAACCGUUUGACACAAAAGCGCCUCAACGACUUAGUUUAUGUGCACUACAAUCUACGGUUGAGGCUAAAAUGCAUUCAAGAGGAAGUGGAGCUCAAGUAUGCAGAUCCCAUCUAUAGGACUUUUACAGAUGAUGAUGAUAAUCCUAUGCUCGACUGGCUUGCGGCCCAGCAGCAGGAGCCCGAGCUUGAUGAGCCGGGAUCGCCUCGACGACCAGCCAGUAUCAUAGCCACCAAGGCUAUGGUCGAUCCACAGCAAUGGGCUGAGCGCAACAUUCCACGCACUCCUACAGCUGAUAUGAGUGGCUAGAGGGGAGCCAGUCACCGCAUGACUGGUCCGAUGCUCCCGUUAUGAUCCUCUCAUGCGAGGACGAGGACGAGGACGCUCUACUACCCAGUCGACUCGAUCAGGAGGGGGU